UCUCUUUCUCCCAUUUUCGUUUCUUCUUGUGCAAUGGUCUGAUGACCAUGGCGUUUUUUUUAUAUAGAGGUCGUUCUUGACGCUUCAAUUCCGUUUCAAAACUUCUCUCUCCUUCUCCUUCUUAUUUUUUCUCAUUAAUUCUCUUCAAUAUCCCAUUUAGGUUCUUUGAAAAGCAGUAGGCUUAUAGUUUUAUCGGUUUUCUAUUUGGAUCGCAAAGAAAAUGGGGCUGGACGAUCAGGUCGAGAAAAUGCAGACGCGUCAAAGUUACGUGAAUGUCUGGCACACGGAUCUCAUGAACACCGUCGUCGACGAUACUCCUUAUUGCUGUUUCGCACUAAUUUGUGGACCAUGUGCUUCUUAUAUGCUGCGCAGACGAGCUCUUUACAAUGAUAUGUCAAGGUACCUCUGCUGUGCUGGAUAUGUACCAUGCAGCGGUAAGUGCGGAGAAAAGAAUUGCCCUGAACUGUGUCUUUGCACUGAGGUCUUCUGUUGCUUUGCAAAUUCAGUUGCCUCAACUCGCUUCCUAUUGCAAGAUGAAUUCAACAUCCAGACUACACAAUGUGACAAUUGCAUCAUUGGAUUCAUGAUCUGCCUGCAGCAAGUGGCAUGUAUAUGUUCCUUAGUUGCUUGUAUAACUGGAAGUGAUGAAAUUGGAGAUCUUGCAGACUUGUUGACUUGUUUGUCUGACUUGGUUUUUUGCUCGGUUUGCCCAUGCCUUCAGACACAACACAAGAUCGAAAUGGACAAAAGAGACGGUAAGCUUGGGCGAGAGCUUGUCAUGGCAGUGCCUCCGAUGCAGCAAAUGUCACGUAUUGAUCAGCAAACUCCUCCACUGGUGGGCUAUCCACCACAACAGGUGUAUGCACCUUAUGGACAACCUCCACCCCCUUAUGCCCAAGGUUAUCCUCCUGCUGGGUACCCUCCAUCUGCAUAUCCACCACCACCACCUGGUGCCUAUCCACCACCACCACCUGGUGCCUAUCCACCACCACCACCUGGUGCCUAUCCCCCACCACCACCUGGUGCCUAUCCCCCACCACCACCUGGUGCUUAUCCUCCAGCGCCUGGUUAUCCUUCGGCCGACUACUCCAAGUGAACUGUGCAGGGACGUACGG